UAAAUGGCGCCACUAUUCGCGCCAAAAUGCGAAAAGGGAUUUGAAUCAAGAGAUACUUUGCUGCCCGUCGAUUCACAUAAUAAGCUGUUCAGAAAAAAAUUUGAACCGAUUCUGUUCCCCGUAUAAAAAGUCGAUUUUGCGCUAAUAUUGUUGAUAAACCAUCAUUGAUUAUUGAAAUCUAUUCACAUACAUCGAAUCAACGCGAUAAUAUAGAAAAAUUAGCAGAAUACAAAACAACAUCGUCGUUACAGUUUUAUGUUACUGUUUCAAGUGAAUCUCGUUUAAUCGAUGUACACAAACGUGUGCUCUCCAGCAAUAAAUGGUCGACAAUAUCAUACACGACAAUAUCAUACACGGCAAUGGAAGAUGAAAUACCAAUUUUAGAUAUCAAAUUAAAAAUGGCGGAUAUUUAUGCAUUUGUCAGUCUUGCUUAA